AUGGACCAAUUAAAAUCUAUUCGAAAGCGAACGGACACCCUUCUUCGUAUAUUACGAAUGGUUCCAAACAUCAAAUUUCUAGCCAACACACUCUGGCAGCCCUCAUACGCUCUUCUCCUAGCAGAAGACGAAAUGAAGUUGAAAGAGAUACAGGACAUGCCUGACGAAACUGUAUACAAAGAGCUCUGUCGUUUUUUGGAGACCCCGGAUGAAGAAUUCAUUUCAAUCCGGAUUGCUUUGCUUACCAUAAUAGACUCGUGGGAGACAAUUAUGGCCAUUAAGAAGGAUUAUGAUGUGCAUGGUUUAGUCCGAAACAAAGUAUGGAACGAUGAGUUGCUGGAUGAGGAUGAUGAAGCCUUAGAGCAGGGCUUAGACCAGCGAGAGUUGCUUGUUGUCGCCAAGGCUAUUGUAUAUCGUGCUGCAUUGUCUUAUCUAUCUAGUGGGUUGGACGAGCGCUUUGAUGCUAGUGGAAAGGAUAACGUAACCUCGAAGGCGAAUAUAACUACUUAA